UAAUAUUUUAUAUAGUUUGUUUUAUAAAGUUAAAUAAACAUCUACCAAAAAUGCUUACCCUUGUCUAUGUCCAUUGUGAAAGCGCCCAAGGGAAAGCUACAAAAAAGCGUUUUGUAAUUUCUACCAACCGCAAAUUAAAAUCUUGUCAUCUAUCUACUGAUUAGGACGAAAAAUUAAAACAAUGGAGGAAAUUCUUACAAUUAAUUUCCACGAUUCUUCGCUUUUUAGAAAAUCUAAUAAAAAAUGUCAGACUUCGUUGAAGAGUGUCUAAAAGCUCAUAACGAGUACCGGUCAUUGCAUGGCGUCCCACCUGUGACAUUGAACCAUGAAAUUAGUGAAUUCAGCCAAAGUUGGGCAGAAAUGUUGUUGGCUGAGAAACGAUUUCAGCCCAGCGGUAAUCCCAGCUAUGGAGAAAAUUUGUUUUAUGUGUACUCACCGGUUCCCAAUUUUAAACUUUCACCCAAGAGCCCGGUCAAAAGUUGGUACGACGAAAUAAAGUUUUACCGGUUCGGGGAAGAACCUGUAGAUCUGACCGCUGGCAGAUUCACGCAACUCAUUUGGAAAGAUACCAGAGAGAUCGGUAUUGGGGUUGCGCGAGACGAAGACACGGCAAUAGUGGUUGUUAAUUAUUACCCUCCGGGAAAUUAUGUGGGUGCUUUUAGGAAACAAGUACCACCUCCAAGGGCUAAAAGUUGGCUCGACUGGUCAAGUUGGUUAUCAUAGAAAAUCAGUUGAUUAAAUAUUGCACAAAAGAAUCAUAUUUGUAUCAAAUAAAAUUGGUUUUUCUUG